CAAAAUAGCAUAGUGGUGAACAUUGAACAAUGAAUCCGGUCGGGAGCCGCACCGAUCGGCGGAGAGGUGUACUGUACAUUGGACCCCAGGGCUUCCAUUCUCAAUACACCGAUACGACUAGGCACUGUAGUAAUGGCGGUGUUUUCUGAAAUAUUAGCCCUGAAUUGGAUGGACGCGAGAGGUGUUUUAUUAUUUCUCUUCGUUUUCUUGAUUCUUGCUGACUAUUUUAAGCAUAGAAAACCGAGGAAUUUUCCUCCGGGACCCUGGGCUCUUCCUAUUAUUGGGGACGCACACCGGGUCGAGCCCUCCAAGCUACAUCUGAAUUUCGACCAGUUUGCUGAGAAAUAUGGACCAAUUUUUAGUCUUCGAAUCAUGGUUGGAUGGGUCGUGGUUGUCAACGGAUACAAGCUUGUGAGGGAAGCCUUGGUCGAGAGAGGGGAAGACUAUGUGGAUCGUCCAUAUCUGCCAUUGCUGUAUGAAGCGAUUGGAUCCAAAGGUCUGGUGAUGUCAAAUGGUUACCAAUGGAGGCAGCAGAGGAGAUUUGCCCUGCACACACUCAGAGACUUUGGUUUGGGUAAAAAGAGUCUAGAACCGUCAAUCCAACUGGAGUGCCAGUACCUGACUGAGGCCUUCGCUCAGCAGCAAGGAGCACCAUUUGAUCCGAAAAUGGGGGUGACCAAGGCGGUGUCCAACAUCAUCUGCUGUUUGGUGUUUGGGAAACGCUUUGAGUACACUGAGAAGCAGCAUCAGACGAUCAUUGAUGACUUCAAUGAAAUACUGAUCCUACAAGGAAGCGUAGGGGCAAUGAUGUACAACAUGUUUCCAUGGCUGGUGAAGCAUUUACCUGGACCUCACAGGAGGGUGUUAACUCUGUCUGCCAGACUUAUAUCCUUUAUUGAAGAGCGGGUCAAAGAGCACAGAGUGGAUCAUGACCCCUCAUUGCCCAGAGACUACAUCGACUGCUUCCUGACCGAAAUGCUCAAGAAUGAGGCUUCUGAAUCAAGAUUUGACCUAGAGAACCUCAGUAUUUGUUCACUGGACCUAUUUUUCGCCGGGACUGAAACCACCACCACCACUCUGCACUGGGGACUGCUGUUCAUGGCCUACUACCCUGACAUACAAAAGAAGGUCCAGGCUGAACUAGAUACCGUAGUGGGCUCAUCCAGGCAACCCUCCAUGUCUGACAGAGACAGCACUCCCUAUACUUACGCUGUCAUACAAGAGACCCAAAGGAUGGGUAACAUCUUACCUCUCAAUAUUGCCCGUAUGGCUAACAGGGACACCCCCCUUGGAAAUUACACCAUCCCAAAGGGCACCGUGGUGAUGGCCACCCUGAACUCGGUUCUACGUGAUGAGACUAUGUGGGAAACGCCACACUCCUUCAACCCACAACACUUCCUUGACCAAGACGGCCAGGCUAGAAAGAGAGAGGCCUUCCUGCCCUUUUCAGCUGGUAGAUGUAAGGGGCAUUGUGGUCCACAAAUCUCCUCCCACAGUUGUUCACUUAGAGAAAAUCGAUUUGAUAACUUAUUUCUAAUUAGGUGAGUGCUGCAUGCAGCG